AGUUGCUCCUUCUCACUCAAAACCCUAAAGCCUCUCGCAGAUCUGAAACUCUCUGUCUCAACCUCAAAGCAAAAUCUGCCCUCUUCCUCUCUGAUUCAACAUGGCUACUGAUUCUGCGACCUCUGCUGACAGAACUGAUGCUAUUCCGACUUCCACUGCUGCUCCGUCUGUGUCAGCUCCAUCGUCGUCGCUUCCGAAUCCAACCUCUCCGAUUCCGGUUCUUGUUCCAAAAUCUGAACCGGGUGCUACUAAAACAAGAAAGGUUAAGGCAAAGAAUUUUGUGCAGCCUCCGAAGAAGAAGCACUGUGGUGUUGCUUCAUCUUCCCGACCUAAAUCGAAGCAUCCUACUCCAAUCACUCGUCGUCCUUCCCGUCGUGCUGCUGCUGCUCGUACAUCUGAUGAUAUCGAAGAUAUCACUGGGGAUGCAAAUGAUGAAGAUGUUGCUGAGAUUCCUCCACCGGCCUUCCUUGCAAGAUACCAGGCUAACCGGAAACUCAUUGCUAUCCGUGAACGGAAGUACCCGGAGUUGAAGUUUUCCUCUGUUCCUUCUGUUAAUACUCUGUUUAUCACAGAAACUGCUCGUGACCGCUACCAGGGAAUCUGCAAGCGUCGCUUCAAUGAGAUGAGUUUCCUUGCUCCGGAUUGUGUGUCUACUCAGGCGGCUUACAAAAUCAUCUCUGAUGCUGGUCUCCUUCCUACUAUUACAGAGAUUGAUACCUUUGUUGAACAGGUUGUCUUGGUGUUCUACGCAAAUCUUCCUGAUGCUGAAGUGCGUGAGACUGGAGAACUCAUGGUGUUUGUUCGUGGGUCAAUGUAUGAGUUCUCUCCUACCAUCAUCAAUCAGAUGUUCCAACUGUCCAACCCCAUCUUCCCGGUGAAUGUCCAUGUCACGGACAUUGCUGCUGAUCUGGAUGAUGUAGCUGCUGUCCUAUCCUCAGGCCGUGUCACUUCUUGGAACUGGAUGCCAACUGUCAACUCUCAUACAUUGAAACCGGGUCGCUCUACUCUCCUCUACAUGGUGGUGAAGAAACAUGAAAUAAACUUUGGGAAGUUGGUCUAUGAUGAAGUCUGGAAUUGCUCUCAACAAGUCGCAAGUCCUUCAUCCACCUGGCUAUUGAUCUUCCUAAACCUGAUUGAUCAGCUGCUCCGGUUUCAACGCAUUGUCCCUGAACUUGAUACUGAUGUGACAUCUGCAGCUCCACAACGUUUUACCUUUGAGAUCAAAGGGCCGUUUGUCCCCGCUGGUCCAGCAACUCUCACUGCUGAUUUGGCACUCCUCAUGGCAACCAUCAAGACUGUUCUGCAACGUCUUACAGGGGGAGAUUAUGCGGAUGUGGUUCAUGUUGUCUCUCAUAACUCUGAUGAAGGGGGAGUUAAGAGUAUAGUAGGACUUGCUUAGAUGGUUUUUGGUCUGUACUUUCUAUUGCUCUUAAACUCUAAUUGUCAGUUAUCUUUUGGUUAUUGUUCUAGAACCCUUGAAGAUUGCUUUCGCAGUUAUGAAUCUGAUUUGCUCUCUCUGUUUUCAUUUGUCUGGUUGAUCUGGUAUAGAAUUUGUAUGGCU